AUGGCCAGUGGACCGGAAAUGUUGGCCCCCAUUUGUCUGGUGGAAAACCACAGUGAGCAGCUGUCGGUGAACCAGGAAGCCAUCGAGAUUCUGGACAGGAUUUCCCAGCCAGUCAUUGUGGUGGCCAUUGCUGGACUGUAUCGCACAGGAAAGUCUUACUUGAUGAACUGUCUGGCAGGGCAGAACCAUGGCUUCCCCCUGGGCUCCACAGUACAGUCUGAAACCAAGGGUAUCUGGAUGUGGUGCGUGUCUCACCCCACCAAACCAAAGCACACCCUGGUCCUUCUGGAUACCGAGGGCCUGGGUGACGUGGAAAAGGGGGACCCUAAGAAUGACUCGUGGAUCUUCGCCCUGGCCGUGCUUCUGAGCAGCACCUUUGUCUACAACAGUAUGGGCACCAUCAACCACCAGGCCCUGGAGCAGCUGCAUUAUGUCACAGAACUCACAGAACUAAUAAGGGCAAAGUCCUCUUCGGAUCCCAAUGGAAUAGAGGAUUCUACAGAAUUUGUGGGUUUCUUUCCAGACUUUGUCUGGACCGUUCGGGAUUUCAUGCUGGAGCUGAAGCUGAAUGGACACCCCAUCACAGAAGAUGAGUACCUGGAGAAUGCGCUGAAGCUGAUUCCAGGUAACAAUCCUAGAAUCCAAGCAUCCAAUUUGCCCAGGGAAUGCAUCCGGCGUUUCUUCCCAAAACGGAAGUGCUUUGUCUUUGACCGGCCAACAUUUGACAAAGGACUCCUACUCAGUAUUGAGACUAUCUCAGAAGAUCAGCUGGACCCUAAAUUUCAGGAACACACAAAGGGUUUCAUUUCUUACAUCUUCGUGUCUGGAAAGAUCAAGACUCUCAGAGAGGGAAUUGUGGUUACUGGGAAUCGAUUGGGGGCUCUGGUGACAACCUAUGUGGAUGCCAUUAACAGCGGAGCAGUGCCUUGUCUGGACGAUGCGGUGACAACCCUGGCUCAGCGUGAGAACUCCAUGGCUGUGCAGAAGGCAGUUGACCACUACAGUGAGCAGAUGGUCCAGCGAGUGAGUCUCCCCACAGACACGCUCCAGGAGCUGCUGGACAUGCACACAGCCUGUGAGAGGGAAGCCAUUGCCGUGUUCAUGGAGCACUCCUUCAGGGAUGAAAAUCAGGAAUUCCAGAAGAAGCUAGUGGAAUCAAUAGAGAUUAAGAGGGCAGAGUUCCUGCUGAAGAAUGAAGAGGCGUCAGAUAAAUACUGCCAGGAAGAAAUGAAUCAGCUUUCAGAAGCCCUAAUGGAAAAUAUUUCAGCAGGAACAUUCUUGGUUCCCAGAGGACACAAGCUCUACAUGGAAAGAAGGGAAAAGAUUGAGCAGGACUACUGGGAAGUGCCCAGGAAAGGAGUCAAGGCAAGGGAAGUCUUCCAGAAGUUCCUGGAGGCACAGGCAGCCAUUGAGAGUUCCAUCCUGAAGGCAGACACAGCCCUCACUGCUGGGGAGAAGGCCAUUGCAGAGGAGCGGGCCCAGAAGGAGGCGGCUGAGAAGGAGCAGGAGCUGCUGAGGCAAAAGCACAAGGAGCAGCAGCAAUUGAUGGAGACUCAAGAGAGAAGCCACAGGGAGAACCUUGAGCAGCUCCGAGAAAAGCUGGUGCAGGAGAGAGAAGAGAUGAUGAGAGAGCAGGAAAAGAUGAUGGAGCACAAGCUGCAGCAUGUGGCUUUUGUUCCCCCUGCACUGUCAGUUCAUAUAAAAGAAAAAGAACAGAAAGAGGAAGGAGACCAAGAGGUGAGGAACAGGCAGGUGGGGACUGCACUGGACCUGUGGUGUGAGGACCAGGUGACCAUGGCUUCUGAGUCUACUGGAUAUCCCGUGGCUCCCACGUGUCUAGUAGACUAUAGGAAUGGGCAGCUAUCCAUUAACAAGGAUUCCUUGAGGACUCUUCAGAAGAUAGCGGAGCCUGUGGUGGCUGUGGCAAUUGUGGGAUUGUAUAAUAAAGGAAAAUCCUACUUGAUGAACCUUCUUGCAGAAGAAAACAUUGGAUUUCUUCUCCUGGACCCCACUAUAGAAUCUGACACCAAGGGCAUCUGGAUUUGGAAUAUGCCCCACACUUUUAAACCGAACCACAGAUUUGUCCUUCUGAGUGUCGAGGGCCUAGGUGAUGGAGAAAAGGGCGAUCCUAAGAGUGACUCGUGGCUCUUCACACUGGCCGUGCUCCUGAGCAGCACUUUGAUCUACAACAGUGUGAGCAGCAUCACUGACGAGGCCCUGGAGCAGCUGCAUUAUGUGACAGAGCUCACAGAGCUAAUCAGGGUGAAGUCUGCGCCAAGUCCUGACGGAGUAAAGGAUGCCGUUGAGUUUAUGAGUUUCUUUCCAGAUUUUAUCUGGACUCUGCUGGAUUUCACCCUGGAGCUGGAGACAGCUGGUCGCCCUGUCACAGAAGAUGAGUACUUGGAGAAGGCCCUGAAGCUCAUCCCAGGUGACAGUCUUAGAGUUCAAAAUGCCAACAAAUCCAGAGAAUGUAUCAGGCGUUUCUUUCCAAAACGGAAGUGUUUUGUUUUUGAUCCUCCAACAUAUCCACAGGAGCUCCAAGUUUAUAGGGAAGAGGACUUGGAGAUUCCUCUGGAUUCCAAAUUCCAAAAACAAUCAAAAAAUUUCAGUUCUUACAUCUUUACCCAUGCGAAGACCAAGACUCUCAGGGGUGGAAUGGAAGUCUCUGGAGAAUGGAUGGGGACACUGGUGGAGGCCUAUGUGAAUGCCAUCAACAGUGGAAUGAUACCUUGUUUGGAGAAUGCUGUAACAACUCUGGCCCGAUCUCAAAACUCAGAGGCUGUAGAGAAGGCAGCCAAACACUACACUGAGUGUUUUGUCCAGAAAUGGAUCCCUGACAUAAACAGGUACCAGGAGGUGCUGGACGUGCAUGCAGCCUGUGAGAGGGAAGCCAUUGCUGUCUUCAUGGAGCACUCCUUCAAGGAUGAUAAGCAGGAGUUCCAGAAGAGGAUGCUGGACGUCACAAUGGAUAAGAAGGUAGAAUUCUUGCUAAUGACUGAAGGGCCAAGUUAUUCCUACUGUAGGAAUCAGCUGGAUCGUCUUUCAAAGGCUCUAAAGAAAGGAAUUUCGAAAGGAAACUUCUCUGUUCCUGGAGGACACAAGCUCUAUAAGGAGUCAAAGGAAAAGAUUGAACAAGAGUACUGGCAACUCUGCAGCAAAGGAACAGAUGCAAGAGAACUCUUUCAGAGGUUCUUGAAAUUAGAGAUCGCAAAAGAGAAAACCAUUCUGCAGGCAGAUACCAUUCUCAGUGACGAAGAGAAGGCAAUGGCAGUGGAGCAGGCCAAGACAGAGGCAGCAGAGAACAAACAGGAGCUCCUAAGACAGUGUGAACAAGAGCAUCAGCACUGGGUAAAGGUUCGAGAAAAGAGUCUCAAGGAAAACAUAGAGCAACUGAAAAGGAAGCUGGAGAGGGAGAGAGAUCGGCUAGUGAGAGAGAUGAGCGUGAUGGUGGCAUACAAGCUGCAGCUCCAAAAGGAUUUUCUUGAGGAAGGAUUUGAGAAGAAAUUUGAAGAAAUGGGCACAGAGAUAAAUUAUUUGAAAAAUAUGAUUUCUACAACAAAAAACAUCUGGGUUGAACAAACAUUGGACAGAUUCGGCAAUGAGCUAGCCUCAAUAUUGUCUGUCCCUUCCAUACAGUUUGCUGAGGUUCACACAGGCAUGAACUGACUGCUAACGGCUAGCUGCUUUUCUGUGGAAAUUAUUGGCGUAUCCAUUUUUCUAUUAUGAUUUUCUGUGGAGAUGGGAAUAAAUGUCUGUUCUUUCUGGAAUUUGCUUUUACAAAAUUAGAUGUUCUGACAAAAAGUGCAUACCCACUCGCCACUGUGUGUUUCCGAGGAGUUAUCUGUUAAUUACUAUAUAGUGAUUUUCUAUUUUUCCUUUCAAAUAUUUUUUUGUUUUUGAAUCUAUGUUCACUUUCAGUUUAUAUAUGUGGGAAUAUCUUUUUCCAUACUUUAGACUUUCAGUUUGUGUAUGUCUUUACUGUUGAAGUGGAAUAUUUGACAAGAAUCUACCUGCAUUAAUAAUUAAAGCUCUCUUCAAGCUAAGAACUUC